UAUAUAGGAUUAGGCAGCACACUAUAACACAGAAUAAAAGGGUGAUCAAUACCACAGAAGCUCUAGAUUGAAUUACACACACAAACACAUACAUUUUUCCGGCCUGCAUAUAUAUAUAUAUUGAAUCUUAAACUGAUCAAACUUACCAGCCGGCCUGCCUGCGCAAUGGAUCUUGAAGCGAAGCCAACGCUUUCACAAGCACAUCCCGAGACAAUGGACUUCCUUUCGCACGCCUGGUGCAACUUCGCGGUUCAAGCCUUCCAGCCAGAAAUGCAAGAUCUAGCGCUAACUGUCCAUGAUAGCUCAAUCAAGAAAUUCAGUGAUGACAUCAAGAAUAAGCCUUCUUUGCAGAAAAUGGAUAAAAGCAUGAAGAUGGAUGAUACAGAUAAGUCUAUACCUCCUUGGACAUCCAAUGAUGUGAAGUCUUGGAUAUGGAUGCAACAAGCAAUGCAUCCAGAAUUGAAUUACCACAGCUAUCUUAGAAAGAAAUGGAUUCCAUGGAAGAUAGCGCCACUAAAGAACUUCUCAAUCAAGAAAUGGCUUAAAGAAAUGAAGCAGAAGAGGAAAGAAGAAAACAGAUUACAAAAGGCAGAAGUGCACGCAGCCAUAUCGGUUGCAGGGGUUGCAGCAGCACUAGCAGCCAUAGCAGCAGAAAACUCGAAUCGCGAUGACAGCAAGGAGUCAGCCGUGGCAUCUGCAGCUGCAUUAGUAGCCGCACAGUGUGCAAAAGUGGCAGAAGCCAUGGGAGCAAAGAAGGAGCAACUCAGCAGCGUAAUUGGCUCGGCCAUGAGUGGCACGAGUGCAAGCGACAUUGUUACACUCACAGCUGCAGCCACAACAUCACUAAGAGGAGCAGCAACACUUAAAGCAAGAAGAGAGUGUAAGAGUAUACUAAAUGGCAGUACACCAGUACUCCCUAUAGAAGAUGGCAAGGAUUUUGAGUUGGAGUAUGAAUCCUGUAGAUCAGUGCUUUCAAAGGGUGCAGAGCUCAACCUUGAAACGUCAGAUGGGAGAUACAUGCUAAGGUCAGUUACCAUCAUCUUUAACCCUGAAGCCAAGGUUAUUCUCAGGACAAGGAAGCUUAAUAUAUUGAAUCCAUUCACAGGACACAAAGAAAGUAUCAUACUAGAUCUGCACGCAGAGUUGUACAAGGAUUCUGAAGGAGAGGAAAUGGAUACUUGCUAUCUCAUUGUAUUAACUACAAACAAGGGAAUAAUGAAGCUAGACAUGAUGGAUGAUUAUCAACGUUAUAGAAUGUGGUCAAAGACUAUUAAACACAUGUUGACACUUUCUACUUCAUUGACAAGAUAUAUAUGAGCUCCAAUUUUACAAAAGCUCAAGUCUACCAUUGUUGAGUGAGAAUAUUUGUAUUCUAAGUUUUUUCUUUUAUAUUUAUUAAAUUUAUUGCAAAUA